UGCAGCCGUUCGUUGGGUCCAUUUGCCAGUUGAUUGCUUUAGUGCUUUUAAAAAUUAUAUAUACAAAUUUGCUUAAAUAAUCUUAGUAUAGCUGUGUAUACAUCGGCUGGCACGCAUGUUUUAAAGAAGAGCACAAGGAAAGCCAACGAAUUUGCUGAAAGCAUAAAAAGCUGCAACAAGCGCAAGAGCAAAAGAAAGACCGCAGAGAGAAGCAGAGGCGACAUCCGCAGCAUGGCACAGGAGACAACGAUGGGGGCUAAAGAUCAGCAUACGCAGCACGAUGCGAUCGGUGAUGAUGAAGUCAGCGAACUGCAGCGACCGUCCAGCUUGUAUCAGAAGGUGCGUGAGCAGGCGGAACGCUUUGCCAGCACUCGACUGGGGCAGUUCGUUAUUGAGAGGGCCGAUCGUGGCUUAAAGCUGAUCGAAGAUACAACCAAAUGGAGUCUGCCGCAAGAUAAAAACUCGAGCUCUGCUGUGCUGGAACGUCCUUUGCCGUGGGCUCCAUUUUUGAUGUUGAUCGUUGCGCUGCGCCUGGUGCGCAUCUGGCUGUCACUUGGUGCUUUGGUGAUAGGCAAUGGACCAGUCUCGCCGUCGGAUAUGAUUUACUUUAUACAAACGCGUCGUCGCAAACUGCGCGCCAUCCGCGUCCAUGGGCUGCGGGCCAUGCGUAACAGGCAGCAGGAGUCCUCGAGCAGAACGAACAGCAGCAGCUACACCCAAAAGCUCAACCAAUGGUUCUCGCGUGCCAUCUGUCAGCCAGGUGUGCAGCGGGCCAAUAGCGGCAGGGUGUUCAACAUAGGCGCCAUGGCAGCGAAACAGCAGCAGAGUAACCCGCCGAAGGAAAACGUCGCCAAGCGUCCGCGCGAUGACGACAUGAAUGCCGAUCAUAAUUUAACUAUUGAACAAAUGCUCUCCAAAUAUGCCAAUGAGAACUCUGAGGAUGAUUCAGAUUUCGUGCCCAAUGCAGAGGACGAGAACACGACCAGCGACACCAGCAGCGAGAGCGAAAGUGAAUCCCACAGCAGCGAGCACAGUAGCAGCAAUGAGGAGCAAGAGAAUACAGAGCAGCACAAGGAGAACAUCAAGCCUACAAACAACACCUCAAAUCAUGUGCAGAAGCCAAAGGAACCGCAGGCCACGCUCAACGGCAAUGAAAGGGAACCAAUGGAAGUUGCCGCCUUGAAGGAGGAGCAGUGGAAAUCCUCGCCCGGACAUUUGAGCGCCGCCUUGCUGAACACGCGUCUCUACAAUAAUACGGCAGCUGCAGCCAACAUUGAAUCCACAAGCAGCAACAGCUCCCACACUGAUAUUGAACCCAAUGAACCUGAUCCUCAGCCCGAUUCAAUUAACAUCAACUCCAACUCCAACACCAGCUCCAACUCCAACUCCAAGACCAGCUCCAACUCCAACUCCAACUCCGAUACGGAUAGCAGCAGCACAAGCACUGUCUGCCCACAGCAGCAACAAGACACUGAUCCUCCUGUAGCUGAUCCCACUGAGAUUCCAGCUCAAUCCAUUGCAGAGACUCAAUCCACUAAGAUCCCAACGCUUGUCAACCCACAUCCAUCCACUGUAGAGAUCUUAAAGCCUGUCAAUUCAGCUCAAUCCACCAAGAUCCCAACGCCCGUCAAGCCAGAUUAUCCGACCCAUCUAGAUCAAUCCACUGAGAGUCUAGAUCAACCCACCAUUGAGACCCUAACGCCUGCUACCUCCUCUGAAGAUAUUUUCUAUAGUCCGAUUGGUUCGCCCGACGCCUUCAAUGCCGACUUUGUCAACCAGUCUGUGUUGCGUAAUGUCAUUAUUAAUUCGGUGCCCACCCAUUCGACGCCCAACUCUGAGCUAGAUGAAAUACAUUCAGCUGGCUCUGAUGUGGAGGAGGCAACCAGGCAAUGCAUUGCUCUAGCCCAUUCCCACGAACAGCAGGACACGCCGCCCUCAGCCAAGCAGCCUACACAGAAGCCACAGCAGCAUCAGCAGCAGCAGCAGCAGCAGCAGCAACGGCAAUUCAAUCAUCCUCAUCAGCGUUAUCGCGGACGCAAUCGACGCUAAACGACUAUAGCUCCAUAUAGCCUAGCCUAUACCUCAAUAUCCUUUACCCUAAAUCCUUGUUCUUAAAUAGUUUCUUUACACUUCCCAUAUUGUUAGCCUUAUACGAAAAGUAAAUAUCAAGAACUUA